AUGUUUUUAGUGUUAUUCUUCAAUAGUCUUAAAAUGCAUCUCCAUAGAAGAAAAAAGAAAAAACGGGCCAACUGGUCAAGAAACAUCAGAAAUGUUCAACUUGAAGCCAUUGAAGGAAAGUUUGGAUUCACAAUAUCCGGACAGCAGCCAUGUAUUCUCUCAUCAAUAAUCAGAGGGUCUCCUGCUGAUUUAGCUGGAUUAAAAAGUGGAGACUUCUUAAUAUCAGUGAAUGGUUACAGUGUCUGGCAAAAAGAUCAUGAAGAGAUUGUCGCUUUGAUUGGAGCAUCACAAGGCAAUCAAAUAAGAAUAACAAUCGCUGAUAAUUACUUCUCUGAUAGUUCUGAUGAAGAUGCAACAGCAAAUCAACAUCGCUUUCGACCUAAAUAUCCUCAUAGUAAAACUAGACUCAACAGGUUGCAGCUGCAAGGUCAAAGCUCAGUUGAUAUUCAUCACACAGUUCCACCACUUCCACAGCCACAUCCAAGAUACUCUCAUAACUUCUUAAGCUCCAACUUUCUCGAGCCUCCUCCAUUGCCAAUGUUUGAAGCUCACAAUGUUAUACAUUCCCCAAAUGCAAGAGGAAAAUCAGACAUCUUCAAUGUCAGUGCAAUGGUCAGUACAAGUCCAAUAAACGCAGCAUCAUCAUUGAUGAACAGUCCAGAAAGUGUAUCAUUCCGUGUCAUGGUUGGCUACUUAGGAACAAUUGAAAUGCCUAAACAAAUCGCUACAUCAUCAAAACUACAAACCGUCCGAAGUUGUAUAAGAAAAUUGCGACAAGAGAAACGCAAUCCUGCCUUAGUGUUGAUGAAUAUCCUGCCAAAUGCUUUAAAUCUUCUCAAUAGUAAUAAUGCAAUUCUUGCCACAUAUCCAGCUAAUCGUCUAAAUUACGUCAGCUCAAGUUCAGAUAAUAAUAGCAAAUUUUUCGGUUUAGUAACUUCGGCAAUUCAUCAAGAAGAAAGUUUACAAUGUGACACAUUCGACACAAUAACAAUGCACAAUGUUGCCAUAUCAAACAGCUGCCAUGUUUUUGUUAUUGAUACUAAGCUUAUCGAUCACAAUGCUCAUCUUCAGAAAGCAGAGAAAUUUAACAUAACGUGCACAAAAGAUUUAAUUUCAAAUUCAUGUCUUGAAUUUCCGAUGAAUUCUGAAUAUAUUUGUAAUCUUAUUCGAAGCAUGUACAGCAUCAAAUCACCAAUAAAGAAUGAAAAUGUGCAUUUAGGACGACCGUCUGCUGUAAGAAAUCUUAAUUUCGAUGCACACCAUCGACGACGACCAGAACAUCGUUUCGACGAUCCACAUGAACUUUUAAUGGCAAACUCUCCACAUCCAAGCAAUCACAGUGAAAUCACAACAACAUCAAGCAACUCCGACUCAGGAAUUGGCUUUCAUAAUGAUUAUGCGAAUAUUUCUGAUCGUAUUUUGGUUGUGGACUUUCCAGAUUUAAAUCACAAUCGAAGGAUUGGCUUGAGAAAUCAAAAUCCUUUGCCGUAUUUACAACGACAACGACCGAGACCUCUUGGAAUUGUUAAUGACACGCAACUUCAAGCAAUCAAUCCAAUAAGAAACAUAAGAAGCAUGAAUUUGCCUUUAUCAUCACCACAACCUUCAACAAGUUCUGAACUGCCAGUAUUUCAUUCAAAAUCAAAGUCAGCUGAUUAUAGUCCAUCAGUUGAUGCUGUAAAAGUUGUUCAUCCCCGUCUUGCGAUUCGAGCGAUGCCUGACAUCGAAGUCAUGACAAAGAGCGAAGAAAAAAUUGAUGAAAGUGACUAUGAAAAUGUUUAUCCACAACCAGUAGCUGAUGUUUGGUACAAUGGAAAGCUUCUGGAUGAAGCUGGGAACGUCGUUGAAGAACGUGCUAUUGAUGUUCCAGAUACAUUCGACACAUUCAACGAUAACCAACGUACAAUGAUGAUUCGUUCUUGUGAUGAUAUUAUCAUGGUGAUGAAUAAAGAAGAAGCGAGAUAUCGUAGAUCUGAUGACCAAACAAACAAUGAAACAUCGAAGAAUGAAGACGAGCAGAGCAAAUCGAAGGAUGAUCACGUUUUUCUGGUGCCAGCAAAUAAACCUCAAAAAAGAAACAUCAACAAGAAGUCCUUGACGAUAUCAGGAAAAAUGAAAUCAUCACAUGAAGAGACAAAGCCAAGGAAUGAAAGUAAUUUAUUGCAUUACAAGUUGAGUCCAAAGGUGUUUGGCGUUCCAAGACCCGUCUCGAUGAGCUUUGAGAAUUUAUCGUCGUCAAGUAAGCGAAAAAGUUUAUUUGGAAGUCGUAAGAAAAACAAGGAUAAAGAUCAAGAUGAAGAAAUGUUUUCGAUUUGGGGAAGUCUUCAAGAAUUGCGACAAUCUGAAGUCUUAAAGCAACCGCAACAUGCGAAUUUUCUCGAAGGAACUUACAGUGAACCAGAUUUAAAUCGAGGCAAUGAUGAG